AUGGCUCCUCCCACAAGAUCCGUGAUCCCUGAGACUGUCAAGCAGAACGAAGCUGGGCGCCAGGUUAACGAUGAUCUCGAGGACUCCUCCGACCGAGUCCUCAGUGGCAGGAUCACCAAGCCGGCCAAGACCGCCAAGCGGAUCCGCGGUCGCGCGACCGGAUACGACAUGAAGAGCCCCGAGAAGAAGCCGACCGACCAAGCUGACAACACGUCCUUGUGGGCGAAUGAAGCCGGUUGGCUUCGACCAUACCUUGAUCUCGUGCCAGCAGACCAGUCCAUCACAAUCGAAGUGUCUGGCCUUUUAUGUGCCGCAAAAUUGGUGUACAUCAUCCAACACGAGAUCACUCUCAAAGACAUCUUUAGUCUUUUGAAAGGUGUUAGCAAUCAGGUCACGCAGUCCGGCGAGCACAUGUAG